AUGACAACACUCGCCCAAGAUGCUCUUCAAAUAAAAUAUAUACACAACUCCAUAGCAAUGGUAACAAGCUGCCCAUUGUCCGCUAACCUUCAGUCGGUUGAUCAACAAGUCCGUGAACUUUGUCGUUUCGCUCCCGAUCAACCAUUCACUUUAAAAUGGUUAGAUGAAGAACAAGAUCCAAUUGUUAUUUCUUCUGAUAUGGAGUUAAAAGAAGCUUUUCGCCUUCAUGAAUUGAAUAAAGAAUGGCAACUUACAGUCCUUGUUAGUAUGUAUCGUAGAGGUGCUAAACGAUGGAAAAAGAAAUUUUACCUACUUCAUGGGCAUCAGUUUGCUGCUAGACGAUUCAAUAGGAAUGCCAUCUGUGCAUAUUGUAAAGAACGUAUAUGGGGUUUAGGACAACAGGGUUUCAAGUGUAUCAAUUGUCGUCUAUUGUUACAUCGUCGAUGUCAAGCUGGGGUACGUCAUAAAUGCGGUGAAGCAUUUAUUAGGCCAACAUAUCAAAAUAUGCGUUCCGUCUCCACCUAUUCAGCCCCUUCAGUUUGGGAUAAUGGCAAUAAUGCGAGCAGAUCUACAACCCUGCUCACCAGUAAUGACACGCCUUCUGGUAUGAAUAACAAUAAUACCCUACCAUCUCGUCUUCCAAUCACAAUUCAAGAUGAUAUGAAAACGCUGAAACAGGAGAGGGUUAUACAUCUGGCCGACAGAGAGUUAAAUCCAACUAAUAUGAAGAAUAACUUCAAGUCAGGUUCAGACAACUCCGCCUUUGAGUCGACCAGUGGUGUUCUCGGUAUUCGCUCGGAUAGUUCUGGUAGUACGCUUCUACCUGUCAGUAUCACUACUGAUAAAACUAAUGACAAAUCUAUACCAAUCAUUGAACAACGGAUCACAGACAUACCAGAUAUACCGAUCACAUCAGGACGUGUUGGCCUACAUGAUUUUAUCCUAUUAAAAGUGAUUGGACGUGGAAGUUAUGCGAAAGUUUUUCAAGUCGAGCAUAAGCCAACUAAUCGUAUUUACGCAAUGAAAGUUAUUAAAAAGGAGACCAUUUUAGAUGAAGAGGAUAUCGAUUGGGUACAAACAGAGAAACAUGUAUUUGAAUGCGCUACAAAUCAUCCAUUCCUAGUGGGACUGCAUUCGUGCUUUCAGACGAGAAGUCGAUUAUUCUUCGUAAUUGAAUUUGUCAAUGGUGGUGAUCUGAUGUAUUAUAUGCAACGAAAUCUUCGGUUGGCGGAGGAUUAUGCACGAUUCUAUGCAGCGGAAAUAUGUAUAGCGUUGAAUUUUCUACAUGAACGUGGAAUUAUUUAUCGCGAUCUCAAACUUGAUAAUGUGUUGAUGGAUAGUGAAGGACAUAUCAAACUGACAGAUUAUGGAAUGUGUAAGGAAGGCAUCAUUGGUGAUAUGACAACAACUACUUUCUGUGGUACACCGAAUUAUAUAGCUCCGGAAAUAUUGAAAGGCGAAAGUUAUAGUUUUAGCGUUGAUUGGUGGGCUCUCGGUGUAUUAAUGUUUGAAAUGCUUGCUGGUCGGUCUCCAUGGGAAGGUGUUGGACAGUCAGCGAAUCCCGACCAAAAUACUGAAGAUUAUUUGUUUCAAAUUAUUCUUACACGUCCAAUUCGUUUUCCACGUUCAAUUUCUGUUCGUGCGACUAAUAUACUCAGUGGAUUUCUUAAAAAGAUACCAACUGAACGUCUUGGCUGUGCACCUGAUUCAAGUUUCGCGGAUAUUAUGAAUCAUGCGUUUUUUGCUCCAAUCGAUUGGAUUGCAUUGGAACAAAAACAAGUUCCACCACCAUACCGGCCAGCAUAUGUUGGUGAUCGAGAUCUGAUACAUUUCGAUCCAGCCUUUACGGAUGAACCGGUAGUAUUGACACCAGAUAAUGAGGAAAUGAUAUCACGUAUAGAUCAAACAGAAUUCGAUGGAUUUGAAUAUGUCAAUCCUUUGUUAAUGUCUUUGGAUGAACAAGUAUAA